ACAUUAUCAUCAUCAUCUUCUUCUUCACCUCCUUAUCUUCCUCCACAUUCUCACUGGUUUCAACCUCCGAAUCUCUCCAUUGGAGAUUCUCCAAAGCUCGAGGCAUAUCCAGAUAUGCAUAUUAUGAUUCACGGCCUUCUUCUCCUCAUCGGUGGCGAGAAAGCUCAGGAAAACGACUGGGAAAAGGAGCGAUAAUAAUAAUAAUAUUUUUCUCUCAGAUUUCAAAAAAAAAGGUUUUAAAGAAGGGGAUAGAGAGAGAGAGAGAGAGACAGAGAACAAUGGCAGCGAAGCUUAUGAAGAAGGAGACGACGACGAAAUCCAUGGCGGAGCUACAACCGCCGGCCGCUGCUUCUGCCGCGGCGGCGGCGUGUGGUGGUGGUGGUGCUGACGUGGAGUUCGCGAGGUGCGAUUGCUGUGGACUGACGGAGGAGUGUACUCCGGCGUACAUUGCUCGGAUCAGAGAGAGGCACCAGGGCCGUUGGAUCUGCGGACUUUGUUCUGAGGCGGUCAAAUACGAGGUGUUCCGAUCUCAGAGAAGGAUUAGUACGGACGAAGCUAUGAAACGCCAUAUCAAAAUCUGCGAAGAGUUCAAAUCGUCGAGUCCUCCGACUAAUACCGGCGAAGACCUGAUUUCCGCCAUGAAACAUGUUCUCCGGCGAACUCUGGACUCGCCGAGAAGAGAAGGCGGCGGCGGCGGUGGUGGUUGUGGUCUCAUGAGGCCACUCGGUCGAUCCAAAAGUUGCUUCGCAACCAUUCCAGAUUCACAGAGAGACUAAAAAGAUGAAAAAAUAAAAAUGUUUUAGAUUUUAAAUUUUUUUUUUUUAUAUUAUUGGUUUGAAUUUAAAUUAACGAUGAUUUAUGAUUGAUGAAUGAUAGCUUAGGUAAAUAAUAUCAUGCUGGACUUCAAUCAAACUCUAUUAUUAUAUUAUAUGAAUAUUUAUGUGAAUGAUUGCUUCAAAUUA